GAGAGAGAGAGAGAGAGAGAGAGAGAGCGAUGAUGGCGUGGUGCGCCGCGAGGUCGGCGGCGGCGGCGGCGGCGGUGGCGGCGCCGGGGGCCGACCUGCGGGCGCUGCGCGCGCGCGCGCCCGUGGCGGCGGCGGGGCUCUGCUGCGUCUCCGUGGCCGGCUCCCUCCUCCGGUCCUCCUCCUCCUCGCGCAAAUCCCACAACCCCUUCGCCUCCCUCAACGCGACCCUCUCCUCCUCCGCCAGCGCCGCAGAUAAGAAGGAGGCUGUCCAGACAGAAAAUGCGCCUGCGGCGUUAGGCUCGUACUCGCAGGCUAUCAAAGCCAAUAACCUUGUUUUCGUCUCUGGUGUUCUGGGCCUUGUUCCCGAGACAGGAAAGUGUAUCUCUGACAGCAUUGAAGAGCAAACUGAGCAGGUUUUGAAGAAUAUGGGGGAAAUAUUGAAAGCGAGUGGUGUCAGCUACUCGUCUGUUGUAAAGACAACGAUAAUGUUAGCUGACUUGCAGGAUUUCAAGAAAGUGAACGAGAUAUAUGCGAAAUAUUUUCCGGCCCCAGCCCCAGCACGUUCAACCUACCAAGUGGCAGCCCUACCAAUGAAUGCCAGGAUCGAGAUCGAGUGCAUUGCUGCCCUCUAGAGCUCCUCUACUCUCAAUGCCUAAAAGGCUUUAUCCUGUUUCUAGAUCUUUAAUGAAUAAUUGCAUCAGGAUGCUUUGGUCACCUUGCUAUUGAACUUAAAAGGUUCAGCUUCUAUUUCAUUUAACCAAUGCUUGCUUCACUGAGGCGUGUGGUGAAAACUACUUCUAGAAACAAGAUUGUAGUUUUUCUUUUUUGGGAGAAAUGAGCAGGGCUUAAUGAUAUGAGAAAUUCGGCAGGGUUGAUAUGGAUGCUGAAACAGGUUUAUGAUGAUAACUUUGUUUAUUGGGAUUUUCCUUUGUGGUUCA